AUGUUCUCCUUCCUAAUUCUGAGCUUGGCGGCCCUCACAACCGCCCUCCCAACAACCGAUGUCCUCCCCCGAGCAGCUUCCAAGCCGUACCAGCUCCGCGGCGUACAGGCGCCCAUCUUCCAUCUAUACCUACAAUCGCUCCCCAGCAACCAAUCCGAGCCCGUAAUGGGGCCUGAAGCCACGAGCGAGUAUUUGUACGCGGUCCCAUUCAACAUCCCUCCAUCAAAUCAUACGUUAUACGAUAUCGGAACCACUAUCCAAAGCACAAACACAUCCAUGUAUCUAAACAUCGGCACCAGCAGCGCGAGCUACAAGCCUUUAUUCUUUGACAAGACUUCGUCGACCACGGCGUGGGCAUUGGAGGGGGAUACGAUCAUCACUAGCCAGGGAAGCAGUUACGGGCGUCCGUAA